CUCUUUCACUAUUUCGGAAUUGCCAAUUAUCAUAUCUCAAUUGUCUCAUAUCACAUCGUGUCGUCAUGUCUCUGGAAAAGCCCACCGGCGAGUAUCGCCAAUUUCUGCCUGACUUGGGCUUGAAACGGUUUCAGGUGAUGCGCACGCAGGAUGCGCAUGAAUACGCCCACGACUUUAAGACGCUGCAUAAUCCGCCGUGGCUGCAUGGGCUGUAUAUGCAUUGGUUGGAUUUGUUGCAGGAGCCGUUCAAGGGUGUUACGACAGAUGGCAACGUCCGUCCUGGGUUAUUCACUCUCCAAGACGAAGAUGUCCCAAUUGGCGAGAUUGUCGAUGCAACACUUGCCUUGCAGAACCUCCUCGACGAUAACCAGAAAAAAGCACUUUCAUACCACAUCGACUCGCCCGAAUGGCGCACCUGGUCCAACCCCGAAUUCCUCCUCAGCCACAAAGGCCUCCGUCUCGACGAGGUCAGCUUCUCCAUCCGCGACGCCAUCAUGAACGUCCUCAAGACGACUCUCUCCCCGGAAGGCUACGAAAAAGCCGUCAACGCAAUGCGCAUUAACCACUUCCUCGGCGAACUCGUCGAGUCUACCCGCGUCAUGAACGAAUUUUCCUACAACUUCGUCCUCUUCGGACACCCCUCCACCACUAGACCCUGGGGAUUCUCGUUCUACGGCCACCACCUCUGUCUGAAUAUCUUCCUUUACAAGAGCCAGAUCAUCGCCUCGCCGUGGUUCACCGGCGCAGAACCGAAUGAGAUCGAUUCCGGCCCGCACGCAGGAACCCGCAUCAUGCAAGUCGAAGAAAAGCUCGGUCUGCAACUCAUGCAAUCCCUCACUCCUGAGCUUCAGCAGAAAGCCCGCGUCUACGAACACAUGCACGAUCCCGCCAUGCCACCCGGCCGCUGGAACAAAGACGACCAGCGCCACGUGUGCGGCGCAUACCGCGACAACCGCGAAGUGCCCUACGAAGGCAUCCUCGCCUCCACCUUCACGCCGCAACAGAAAACCCUCCUCUACGGCAUCCUCGAACAAUACCUCCUCUACCUCCCCAAGCGGGCGCGGCAGAUGAAACUCGAGCAAAUACGCCAGUACGAGUACGAGACGCACUUUUGCUGGAUUGGCGGGUAUGGCGAUGAGGAUCCGUUUUACUAUCGCAUUCAGAGUCCUGUUAUUCUCAUCGAGUUUGAUCACCACUCCGGUGUGUUUUUGAAUAAUGAGGAGCCGAAGAAGUUCCAUAUCCAUACGUUAUUGAGGACGCCGAACGGGGGCGAUUAUGGACAUGCGUUGAGGCCGUUAAUUCCUGCUGUAGAGGGGUUGGUUGGGAAGGAGAUUAAAUGGCAAUCGCAUAUUUAGAUUAUGAGUUAUGAUGAAG